CAAUCCUCCGCCCACCUGUGCACUUCCUGCACAAGCUUCUCCAUGGCCUCAUCUCCAUCCUUCACUCUCCUCCUCCUCUUUCUCUUCGCCACUGUUGCCAUUGGGAGCAGCAGCCGUGAACACAAAGAGAAGAUGACGCACCUCCACUUCUACUUUUACGACUACUACGGUGGCUCGAACGCGACCACCAUCACCGUCGUCAGCCCUCCCGGCAACAACACCUUCGGGAGCAUCGGGGUGGGCGAAAACAUUCUCAGGGCAGGGCGUGAGUCGAGCUCCAAGCUCAUCGGGAAAGCGCAGGAGCUCACCGUGCAGGCAUCCUUGGAGAGUCCGGCCUACCUCUCGGCGCUAAAUUUCGUGUUCACCGCCGGAAAGUACAACGGGAGCAGCUUCUCCAUCUUGGGCAGGGCGGUGCUGACGGAGCCUAGGAUGGAGCGGGGCAUCGUUGGGGGCACCGGCAAGUUCCGGAUGGCCCGAGGCUACACCAUCAGCAGGCUCAUCAGGUCGACUGGAACUACUCAGAUGGAGCUUGUUUUUUAGUACGGCGCCUACAUCUAUCACUACUGAUGAGCUGCCGUCUGCUGCCUCUCAUUGUUUGUUGCAAUAAAGGCUGCUCUGCCUUGCGGCUUGUUCUACAUCAAUACUUUGCUCUUUCUCUUUCAUACCGCAUCGAUGCCAUUGGCUCGUGUACUCUAUAUCUUCUCUUUGUACCAAGUGAUUAGUAAUUAACAGUUGCCGCUAAAAUUCUUACGA